CUUGGGUGGUGCUCCAUCACUCCUACGAGCUGUAAGCUGCUGGGCUCAGUUCUGACCCAAAGCUCGUCACUCAUAAUAAAACUGGACCUCAGUGGCAACAAGAUAGAAGACUAUGGGGUGGAGAUGCUGUCGAAUGGACUGGCAAACCCAAAGUGCAAACUGGAGCAUCUCAAGCUGAAUAACUGUUCCCUCACAAAGAGGAGCUGUGCCAUUCUGGCCUCAGUACUCUCCAGCAGCGCCUCCUCCCUGAGAGAACUGAACCUGAGCGGAAACAGGAUUCUAGACGCAGGAGUGAAGCUCCUCACAACCGGCCUCAACAGCACACACUGCAAACUGGAGGUGUUAAGACUCCAUAACUGCGGUCUCACUGACGAGAGCUGCGCUUCACUGGCUUUGGCACUGAGGUCCACCCACUCUCACCUGAGGGAGCUCCACCUGAGCUGCAAUACAGUGGGCCAGUCCGGAGAGAAGCUUCUGGAAGCGCUCCUGAAGGAUCCCAGCUACCGGCUGCAGAGAGUAACAACGAAACCUCAGAAAACAUGGACCUGGGACCAGCAGUGACAAGCAGCCAGGAGCCUCGGGCCACCUCUCUGUGGUCCGGGGGAGUGGACUUAUCUACGGACCGUUUCAUCACUGCACUGCGCUCUCUCCCUGACAUUGGACCCUUCCUGAUUCCUCCCCGCCCUGAGAGAG